AUGGUGAAGCAAGGCACAGCGAAACGGCUUACUGUUCCACCGACAGCUACUGGCACCGCGUUCCGCAAAGCAAAAAAGCGUUCUCAUGCGGAAGAAAAUCCAGCCGGGGAGAGAAGCAAGGCUGCCGACGCCAAAAAGCCCAAAGUGAAGGCCUCCCCUGCGACACCCACGUCCGCCGCGCCUGUCCCAUCCACAAAGGCCCCGCGCGGGAAUGUGCAGGCUUCCAAGCAAAAGGAUACCAAGGCGACGGAUGUGUCCAAGCCUAAGAAGUCAGCACCCCAGUCGCAGCCUACGAAAUCCCAUGGCGACGCAGCUGCAGCUUCCCCCACGCUCUCAUUCCCGUCUGGGUUCCGCAUCGUGGCUGGUUCGUACGAGCGCUUCCUGUAUGGUUUGGAGGGCAAAAUGCACAAGAGCGGAGAUGGCACAUAUUCUGUCAAACUGGAGCCACGCUUUGUUUUUCCAGCCCAUGUUUCGUCCAUUCGAUCUGUGGCUUGUGCAGGUCGUGAUUCGAAAUGGCUUGUAACGGGUGGCAUGGAUGAGACAAUCAAGGUGUGGGACCUGCGUCGUCGGAAGGAGGUAGGUGCACUUACGGGGCACGAGGGCACGAUUACUUCUCUCACGUUCCCUUCGCGUACCUUUUUGCUAUCGACUUCGGAAGAUGGCACGAUGAACUUGUAUCGCACACGCGAUUGGGCGCUUUUGCGGACGUUGCGUGGCCAUGCUGGCCGCGUGAAUGCUGCGAAUGCUCAUGCAAGUGGCCGUGUUGCACUGUCUGUCGGUGCAGAUCGUAUGAUCCGUAUGUGGGACUUGAUGCGUGGCACAGGGUCUGCUUCUGUGAAGAUCGGUGUUGAAGCGGACCGUAUUUUGUGGGAUACCCAAGGCAAGCGUUUUGCGGUCUUGGCUGGUCGCCAAGUCAUGGUGUUCGCUACUGAUAUGACGAAACUUGCUGAAAUCGAGCAGUCAAAGCGUUUGCACGAUAUGUUAUUUGUGCAGGGCACCGUGCAAGGCAAGGAGCAUGAGCUGUUACUGGUAUGCAGCGAAGCUGGCGUUGUACACGUGUAUGAUAUGGACGAUCUGCAAGAGACGGACGACAGUGCCACCCCGAAGGAGCUUGCGCGUCUCGUGGGCCACCAGAACCGUGUGCGAAGUGUCUCGGCUGUGAAGGUCUUGGCGGAUGAUCGUACGACGCACCUGGUCAUCACAACCAUCAGCUCGGAUGGGCUGAUUCGUGUGUUUGAGCUUUCUGAUCUGCAUGAGGACGUACAAGAACUUGAGCCUAUGGCAUACUAUGAUACAAAGAAAUCGCGUCUGACGUGUCUCAGCACUGUUGGCUUUGACGACCAAGUCUCCGAGGCUGAUGAAGAUGCUCUGGAUGCGGCGGUCGAUGGCAACGAUGACGACGAUGACGAUGACGAUGACGAUGACGAUGACGAUGACGAGGAUGAGGAGGAGGCUGUUGAUGAAGAUAGUGACGAGGAGCUUGCUCGUCUGGAGGAAGAGAUCCGUCAAGCUCGCGCGGCUGGUAUCAUUGUCGAAGGUAUGGACGACGAGGAUGACGAGGACGAUGAAGAAGAGGAAGAAGAGGAAGAAGAAGAGGAAGAAGAGGAAGAGGCCUAA